AUGAUCAAAAUAUUGAUGAUCAUAUUGCAGGGUAUAUUCUUAUCCGCGUUUGCCAUGCCGUUGAUUUGGGAACCAGAAUCUUCGACGAUCGUCGUACCCAUUACACAGAAACCGGCCACUGCUGAACAAGGCCAGCUUACUUCACCGUCAAAAGAUUUUCGUGUUUGGAACAAGUGGUUCACACUGACCGACAGUAAGUCGGUGAGAACGGUGACAGAGGCUCCUCGCCUCUAUAGUACGUGUCGAGGUUUAUCUUGCCGUGAUAUGAACCUCAGUAAGAACCGCAAUGUCGACGAUCACCAUGACAAGAAUCGCCACGGUCCGAAUCACCAAGAGAUGAAGCAAUGCGGUGACAAUCAUUAUAUAUAUAUCGAUGGUAUUUUGGGCCAAAAACGAAAAUCAUGGCGUUGGUCCUGUCUGUAUUUGUUUCUGACAAUCGUGGUUAUGGUAGUUUUGUUGAUAUUUUUUUAUUACAAUUUCGAUUUGGGAUUCUACUCUGUGAACCCUGAAAGAACCGAACUUUUGUCAGACAACUAG